UUACAUAUAUUUAUUAUCUUUUCAGUUUGAGAUAUAUAGACGGAUAACCAAGGCGGUAGCCAGGGUUAUAUUCACAGAACUAUCUGAAGGAGAGAAGGAUAGUUAUUUGUAAUCAUACCCAGGUGAAAGCUGGUUUUUUGUACUGGAAGAUCCAAACAUGUCCCAACCAAAGAAAAGACGACGAUUAAAUGAGGAGGAAGAGAAAGACAAAAUUAAAAACCCAAUGAAGGAAGUUCUGGCAGAGGCCCUUCCAGCCAUCACAGAGACUGUUGUGGCAACUGUGAAAGAAACUCUGAGGGUAACUGCAAAUAAAGAUACCUCAUCUCAGUCUAACCAGUCUAAUACGGGCAGCAAUUUGGAGGGAAUUUCCAUGUCAUCCACAUCAUAUGCAACAUUGCCUGUGACAUCAGCUGCGACAUCAUCUGUAGCGUCAUCUGCGACAUCACCUGCACCAUCACAAGAAACACUGCAAUCAUCGACUACUGAAGGUAAUAAAAAUAAGGGUACAGGGCCACUUCACAUUGGUCGUCCUUUGGGUCAAGGGAUCGAUACAAAAAUUAAGGCAAAGAUAUGGGCUGAGGAGUUCAUCCAGUUAGGAUGUCUGGUGUUCAAACAACCAUAUGCCAAGUUGGAGGCGGUGCAGGCAAGUGACAAUAGCGUCACAUUUCUUCAAAAGGAACACAAAUACUUCUUCAAAUCCUUACAACAGUGGACAGGAGCCUUCCACGUUUUUGUGGCAAUUUACUGUGAGAAGUUCCCCGAACAGGCACCAAACCUCAUGAAGUACAUGGCCACAGUCCAGAAGCUAAGUUCUGAUGUCGGGGAGAGAGCUGCAUUCCACUAUGACGAGCAAUUCAGAAAAUGGAGGGCAGAGAAUCUAGACCAGAUGCCGUGGGAGAAGAUAAACUCUGAGCUUCAUUCUGAAGCUCUGCAGAUUGGUCUAAAAUCAAAAUUGUUUCAAACAGAGGGAAAAACCAGUCGACCAAAACAAAACCAGCAGCAGCCAUUUCGUGUCAAAAACAACAAAAAGCCAUGUUUUAGCUUCAACAACAAUGCUGGACAGUGUGCAAGAUCGAACUGCGAGUAUGCACACAUAUGCAGUAAAUGUUUUGGAGACCACAACAAAAAAGACUGCCGACUUCCAGACAACAACAAGAAACCUAAUCACUCAAACACAAAGCCAGCAAAUACCCAAACUCCAUUCAAGAAGUAAUGUUGUGACUCCUAUUCGUGUAAAGACAUUGGCAGUUUGGCUCCAAAAUUUUAAUCAGGAAAAAAGACAAUACCUCAUAGAUGGUUUCACAAAUGGUUUCAGAAUUCCUUAUCAUGGAGACAGAAAAUUUAGAUUUAGUGAAAAUCUCAAAUCUGCGAAGGAAAAUAUAGACAUUCUGCAGCAAAAAAUUGACAUAGAAGUUAAAAAGGGACGAGCAGCAGGCCCAUUUACAUUAGAUAAAUUGCCAUUCAAAAAUUUACAAGUUUCUCCCCUAGGAUUAGUUCCUAAACAAACACCAGGUGAAUAUAGAAUAAUACAUCACCUUUCUUAUCCGGACGGCUCUUCAAUAAAUGAUGGCAUUGGUAAAGAAGAUUCGGCAGUUUCCUAUCAAACAGUAGAUGACGCCAUUAAACUUAUUCAGCAUUUUGGGAAAGGAGCUCUGUUAGCAAAAACUGACAUUGAAAACGGUUACAAAAACAUUCCAAUUCACCCUUCUGAUCAUGAACUUUUUGGAUUUGCCAUUGGUGAUUACUUCUACUAUGAUAAAACAUUACCUAUGGGUUUAAGCUUUGCCUGUAAUCUAUUUGAAAAAUUUUCUACAGCAAUUCAUUGGGUGGUGAACGAAAAAUUAAAAAUUGAAGGAUGUGUCCAUUUGUUGGAUGAUUUCCUGUUGGUUGGUCCACCAUGUAUGGAAUCCUGUAAUGGCCAACUAAAAUUAUUUUUGAAAUUUAUGAAUGUUAUAGGGGUACCAAUAAAAGAAUCAAAAACUGUAUUUCCAACAACAGUUUUAACUUUCUUAGGUCUUGAAUUAGACACAGUAGCCAUGGAAAUCCGUUUGCCUCAAGAAAAAUUGCUCCGAAUGCAUUCCCAAAUUGAUGUUUAUAAGAGCCGAAAGAAAAUUACACUCCAGGAACUACAGUCUGUAAUCGGGCUCUUGAAUUUUGCAUGUUCAGUUGUGCCACCAGGCAGAACAUUUUUACGCCGAUUAAUAGAUCUUACAAAAGGCUUGCAGAAACCACAUCAUAGGCGCAGAUUAGGCAAAGAAGCAAAAGCCGACCUUGAAGCGUGGUCAAUAUUCCUUAACCACUUCAAUGGGAAAUCACUGUUCUUAGAAGAUGUAUGGUACACAUCAGACAAAUUGCAACUAUUCACAGAUGCAAGUGGACUUGGAUUUGGUGGAUAUUUUGGAGUGAAAUGGUUUUAUGGUGAAUGGCCUUCAUCAUGGUCCAAGUAUCACAUUUCUAUCAAAGAACUCUUUCCAAUUGUGGUCGCAGUUCAAGUAUGGGCUCAAGAGUUUGCAAACAAGAAAGUCUGUUUCUUUUCGGACAAUAUGGCAGUAGUGCAAGUGAUCAAUAAACAAACAGCUAAAGAUGUAUGACUUAUGAAACUAUUACGUCGUCUUAUAGUUCAGUGUCUGAAAUUUAACAUUUAUUUUCAAUCUCAACAUGUAAAAGGUGUGAACAAUAUACUUAGUGAUAAAUUGUCUCGUUUACAGAUACAAGAAUUCCGGAAACUUGCUCCAACAAUGAAUCAGAACCCAGUAUCUGUGCCAGAAGAGAUGUUCAAGCUCUAAAUUCGGUGUCAACAUAUUUGAUUGAAAACGCAUUAACAGUGGGAACAAGAGCAUCCUAUAGAAGAGCCAGAGAAGUGUACACAACUUUUCAACAAAAGUACUUUCCUGAUUCCCAGUUAUUCCCAAUUUCCGCAAACCAAUUAUUCUUGUUCAUAUCUCAUUGUUUUCAAAAGAGUUUGGCUCCACAAACAGUUUUAGGCUACCUGUCAGCACUCACACAUUUCAGCAAAAUGGAAGGUAAUGAAGACCCAACACAACAUUUUAAGGUGAAACGAGCCAUCCAAGGCUUUCAAAAGCUUAAAGCAAAGCCAGAUAGCAGACUUCCAAUUACUCCAUUGAUGCUUCAACAAAUUGUGAACUCUUUGCCGAAUUGCACCCAAUCUUAUUAUCAAAUGCACUUAUUCAAGGCUAUGUUCCUUUUAGCUUUUCAUGCUUUCCUAAGGAUAGGUGAAAUAACAUCCUCUUCUCUGGGAGAUCCACUACCACUAUCAGCAGUAUCAUUUGGGAAACAACAUGAUGGGUCCCCCGAAAGUUUGUGUGUAACCAUGGUCAACUUCAAGCAUCAUAUUGGAAAACCACCUGUUACUUUACAAUUAUCAGCAAACAAGGAAAACAAGCAGUUAUGCCCAGUUUUAGCUAUAUGGGACUAUAUAAAAUUGAGAGGACAGAAUGCAGGUCCACUGUUUAUGUUCCAAGACAAAUCCCCAAUAUCUAGGCAAUAUUUCAAUCAACAAUUGAAAAUCUCUUUAACCUUUUUGAACUAUGACACAAAAAGUUACAAAGGACAUUCUUUCAGAAUUGGUGCAACAACAUGGGCGAAAUCAAAAGGAGUUUCCGAUGACCAAAUUCAACUUUUAGGACGUGGGAAAUCUAAUGCGUAUAGGAAAUACAUUCGAAUUCCUUUAUUGAAUUUGUAAACAGGACAUGGGGUCAGGGGCCUCUGUCCUCUAAAGUUACUUGUAGAGUAUGGACACUAAGUUUUUUGUAUCAUAUACGGUAAUGUUAGUUUGAAAAUAAUUACUGCAGUAUUUUUCUGGCAUGGGGCUUCGGACCUCUGUUGGAAUGGAAUGUUAAUGUAUCUUUAUGAAAUUAUGUAUUUUUGAAGAAAAAAGUUUUUCUUACGUGUUGUUUUGUUAUAUAGUUAUAUUGCAUGGUAGAAAUCUAGUCAUGUAGUUAAGUUCAUUUCAAUCUCUUGCCAUUGACAUAUGUAAGUUAAUUAUGCUAUACAGUUGUGUUUCUCAUUCAUUUUGGGGUGGGGGGUAUUACUUUUCAAUACGCCUUUCAAGUAAUACUGUGGCAAUUUUUGGUCCCCACCUUUGAUUUUCAAGGACAUAACGAUGAAUAUAUUAUGUAAUACUCUUUGUUCAUGUUGGCAUAAUGAUUUUUACAAGGCAGAGAUGUUGUUGACCCGGAUGUAAUAAUAUAUGUUUUUUAAUAUACAUCCGGGUUAUUUUAUUUUCAAAUUUUUGUAGUUAGUGUUUUGUUCCAAUAUUACGUCAUUUAAUUAAUAAAUGACCAUUUUCAAUUCUAAUUUGUGUUUGAGUGAUUUAUGAAAAUCAAACAGAGCCAAAAUAAAUGAGAGCUAAGGGAUUUGACAAAAAAUAACAUUUAUGAACAUAAAUGUGUUUUUGGCAAUCAUUGUUAAAAGAGAGUUAUCUCCUACUUAAGAUUAAUUGGAAAGAGUUAUCUAAUCUUGCUCACCGCUAGGGGGCAUUGCAAACAAAAACAAAAGAUCAAGUGUCACGCUGUUGGUAGCUGGAAAGUUUUUUACAGCCCACCACCCUCCCUAAUGCAAUGUGUAAACUAGUAUUUUUCAUUUAUUUUUGUUUUAAUUACAGCUCGUAUUCAUAAUGUCGUUUAGGCAUCAGUUGUAAUAUUUGUUUAUUAUGAAAAUUUGUUCUAGUCAAUCAUUUUAUAUUUUUCUGUGUUAUUAUUUUUGGUUUGUCAUAAUGUGUUUUGGGGCAAUUUUUGGUCCCCCACCUUUGAUUUUCAAGAACAUGACGAUGAAUAUAUUAUGUAAUACUCUUUG